AUGCCACGGAAUAUGAAUAUGAUUAUGAAUAAUCGUCGUAUUACUGUUCAACAAUUAAAAAAUUAUAUAGACUCUCAAUCGUCGUACUUGCUUAUCGAUAUACGCCCGAAGACUGAAUUCGAUAUCUGCCAUUUGAAGUCAUCGUUGCAUAUUCCGUUCAAUGAACUUUUUCGUGAAUCAGUUAUAUCUGAUAUCCGAGAGGCUAUUGACAAUGGGAUCAGUAAUAAAGGUGCUACCCUACCUUUUCCUGAUCCUGGUUUUGACAUCCUCGCCUGUGCCGCCUGUAGUAGAAAGGAUGCUGCCCAGACAGGUAGGUAG